CGUCGCUUAGUGUUUGCCACCGCCCGGAGCUUCCGUCACCGGGCGAAAUGGCGGAGGUUGCGGUGCGGGCGUGGGUUCGCGGCCCCGGAACCGGGUGCGAGGCGCUGCCGUGUGCCCCGGCGAGGUGCCCCGUGCGCGAAGUUAUCUACCGACACUGCCAGGAGCGGGGAGUUCCUGCGGACCGCUUCUUUGUGAAGUGCAAUGGAGUCCUCGUUGGCGCCAGCGACACGGUGCAGCCCGGGGCUGUGUACAGUUUGGAGCCCAGGCUCUGUGGGGGGAAAGGAGGUUUUGGGUCUAUGCUUCGAGCUCUUGGUGCUCAGAUAGAGAAAACAACCAAUCGAGAAGCCUGCCGGGACCUCAGUGGAAGGAGAUUACGAGAUGUCAAUCACGAGAAAGCGAUGGCCGAGUGGGUGAAACAGCAAGCCGAGCGCGAGGCUGAGAAGGAGCAGAGGCGCCUGGAGAGGCUACAGCGGAAGCUGGCGGAGCCCAAACACUGCUUCAGCAGCCCCGACUACCAGAGGCAGUGCCACGAGAUGGCUGAGCGCCUGGAAGACUCCGUCCUCAAAGGUAUGCAGGCCGCCUCCAGCAAGAUGGUGUCAGCAGAAAUCAGUGAAACUCGGAAACGGCCUAUCAAGUCGAAGACAGAGCAGGGAGCUGGUGCAAAGAAAAGGAAAUGCUUUUGGUUGGGCAUGGAGGGACUGGAGGCCGCUGAGGGGUCCAGCGCUGGAAGCUCGGACGAUGACAGUGAGGAAGCCCCUGGUACUUCGGAGCGGAGCUGCUGUGCUCCAGGAAGUGGUAGUGAGGCUGUGGAGGUGGCAGCCGACUGUCCUUGCAGUCCUCAGAGCUCAGGGUUGAGUGCAGACUCCGAGUCGCCAGAAGAGCUUCCGAAAACCGAGACCGACCCUGGGCAGGACAUUUUGGAGAACACACAGACUGAGCUGGGAGAGACAUCUUCCAGGGAGCACAGCAAAUGGCAGAUGGUCACAGAGACAGAGGAGACCCCAGCAAAGAAGGGGACAGAGAGUCCCAAACCCACACAAGAGGACCAAGAGACAGGAGUGACUGGUGGGGACAGAGCUGCCAUGACAGAGCCUGGAGAAGAUAGGAAAAGCGUCCCUGCUGCUGACCUGGAGGGAAGCCACUCAGGAGACACAGCUCUCGGUCGGGAAGCUGUGGACCUGCUGGCAUUCAGCUCUGCUUCGGAGUUGGAGUCGCUGGGCUUGGAGAGGCUCAAGUGUGAACUGAUGGCCCUGGGACUGAAGUGUGGCGGCACCCUGCAGGAGCGCGCAGCCAGACUCUUCUCUGUCAGGGGCCUGGCAAAGGAGCACAUUGACCCAGCUCUCUUUGCCAAGCCUUCCAAAGGGGGAAGAAAUGAAUUCCCUCAGGCUCUCAUGCUUUUGACAAUUACUCUGGCUUGAUGUGGACUUGUGGCCAGUGCUCCUCCUGUUGAUACUAAAAGCCAGUUUUUUAAUAACUCGGUUCUAACUGGUUUCUUUUCAUUGGUACCUGGGCUUCAUUCAGGUUUUCACCGGAGGAAGAAAACUUUGUAGGGUAUUUUCCUUUCUUUUGAUGUUUUUGAGAGAUUUUAGCCGGACAGAGAUUUUAGCAUGCCAGCAUUCGGGAGGCAGAGUCAGGUGGAUCUCUGUGAGUUUAAGGCCAGCCUGGUCUACAGAGUGAGAUCCAGGACAGCUAGAGGUACACAGAGGGGAAAAAAAAAAUUAAAAGUUUGGAGAGACUCACCCUGUAGUCUGGACUGACAAGAACUUUGUAGUUCAGCUUGGUCUCAAACUUGCAGGGAUCCUCCUGCCUCAGAUAUAAGCCACUGCACCUGUUUUGUCAGAGGUUUAUAAAUCUCUUUGGCUUUAUAUUGUGUCAUUUUGGUGGUGGUUUCAGGAAAUUUAUUUGUAGACUCAGUUACUCAUAACUUCUGGUAAGAACUUCUUUCUCUUCCCAAUACUGAGUGUGUGUGUGUGUGUGUGUGCUACCAGGGGUGGGACCUAGCUCUCCCAGGCCUCUCACACUGGGGGUUUUUAUCCCAGUAGGGGCCGAUUUUGUUUGGUUUUCAAAGAGUCGGUUUUUCGGCCUUGUGAGUUUUUCUCGGUUGUCCACCUCACUGGCAAUUGUCGGUUUCCUCCUGUGCGCCUGGGGCUCUUCAUGCUUCAGCGCCUUGAGGGCCAGGUCACUGACUGUAGAGUCUCAGUUUCUCUCUUUCCCUUUCCCUUUCCCCUCCCUCCUCCCUCCCUCUCUCUCCCUCCCUCCCUCUCUCUCAGUGUAUUGCCCAGUUAGCAAAUAUUUGUGUUUUCUCCAAAUGCCUUAUUGACAGUGACUGUUCAGGUCAGAAAACACCUUGCUGUGCUGUGCUCGUUGAAAAGAACAAACACAAGCCUGCGGCGGCGGUGGCGCACGCCUUUAAUCCCAGCACUCAGGGGCAGAGCCAGGUGGAUCUCUGUGAGUUCGAGGCCAGCCUGGGCUACAGAGUGAGAUCCAGGACAGUCCGGGCUGCACUUACACUCAGCUGGCAGGGGAGUGUGUUCUGGAAUACCCGUUAUAUGGCUGGUUUGUUUUCACAAGGAACUAAGAAUAUUAAAAUCUCAAUUAUGGUUGAAAUCGCCUUUUUUGAGAUAAAAAUAACUGUUAGCAUUUGUUGAGUUGAUUAUAAAUUAAUUCAGUGAUCUUACAUAUAAGUUUCUGCAUUGCCUUAAAAUGUCUUGCUCUAGUUGGUUUUGGAUUUUUUUUUUUUAUUUCACCUUUGACAAUUUUCCAUGUGUAUACAGUGUAUUUUGAUCAUGUCCACCGCAUCCUACUUCUGUAAUUCUGUUUUUAUUGUAUAUUUUAAAACCGUUACUGGGUUUCACUCUUGUGUAUAUUGAACAGUGUGUCACGCAGUUCCCUUCAUCUCUGGUAACAGUUUCCUGUUCCACAUGUAUUUAUCUCAAGUCCAGCCCUCCAGCCUUUGUGCAGUUAUUUUCCCCCUGCCCUUUCUGUCUACACUGGGUUCCUACCCUCACCAUGUAUCGUCUCUCAUUGUCUGUCCUGUCUUGUCAUCGGCUGGUCCCUGUCUCUGAUGACAGGUCGGUGGUGAGUCACACAGUUGUUCUAUCAUAGCGUGUUCUUUGGGGCUGUCCUCAGAUGGGCCCAGAUGUUGUCUACUCAUUUUUACCUUGGAGUUGGAACUUUGUAAAUUUAUGCCAUUAAUUAAAUUUGGAAAAAAAUUAA